AUGAGUAUUGAUCUUUCCUUUAAGAAUCUUGAAAUGCUUGAUUAGUCCUUGAAUCUGAAUAAUUAUGUAAUGAAAUAUAUCAAUUAAAUCUUAGACAAUAAUAAAUCUAUAAGGCAAUAAUUUUAAGGGUGAAUAAACUUACAUUCAAUAACUUAAAAUUUAACAUCUCAAUUUAUCAUUCAAUAAUAUAGAAUAAAUGUGGUUGUUACCUUCUUCCUUAAUAACAUUGGAAAUUAAUAAUAAUUUACUAUAAAAUUUAUCAAGUAUGAAAUAUGCAUGAAUUUCUAGAUAUCUCUCAUCUAAAAAAUUUGAAACAGAUUGAUUUGUCUAACAAUUUAUUAUAAAGUGUUCAUUGGUUUAGUAAUCUAACUCAACUAACUCAUUUAUUCUUAAAGAAUAAUAAAGUAAUAUAUAAAGAUAUUUUAGAUUAAAACCAUAGAAUAACUUAAAACUUUACCAUAACUUGUUGAAGUAGAUCUAGAAUGCAAUGAAUUAAAAAAUAUAGCUGAAGUGUAUUAUCUAGAAACUUAAUCUAAAAUUAAUGUAAUAAAUUUAUUUGGAAAUCCUGUUUUUGAAGGAUUGCAAUUAAAAGUAUUAAAUGUAGUUGAAAGUAAAGUUUUCUUAUAAUUAUCUUUAGAAAAUUGCCAUUGUAGAUCAGAGCAAAUAUACAAUUAAUCAGAAAUCUGUAAAAAACGAAAUUAAUAAAUUGAUGACAUUGAUUUAUUUGAUGAAUAGACAAGUGAAAAAUAAUAAGACCUAUAGCCUUAAACAAUGACCCAAAAAAAAUACACAAAGUCUCUAUCUCCUUUAAACAAAUAAUUACCAUAAUUUUAUGAUCCAAAGUCAAGUAAAUAUGUCACAUUCCAUGAUGUAUUAAGGUAAAAAUAACGUAACAAUACUAAUACAAAUUAUGACAUUAAAUAAUAAAAUGUGACAACAACAAAUACUAAUACUACUAUUAAUAAUAGAUAAACAAUGGAUUAAUUGAAGUAAUAAAAUGAAAAUUUGAAGAAAGAUUAUAUGAAAUUAAAAUAAAAGUUUGAAUAAUCAUAAAAAUAGAAUUAGAGUUUUUUUUAAGAAAUUGAAAGUUACAAAGAAUAACUAAAUGGACUAUUAUUACAAUUUAAUAUUCCAAUUUAAGAAGAGGAAGCAUCAAUUAGAUCAUUACUUGAUUAAUUGGAAUUAGGUUUGAUGACAUUCAUAAAGGAAACUAGAAAAUAAAAUGUAGAAUAAAUCAAUAGUAUGAUGACAAGAAUGGGAAAUAAGGUUAAGGUAAUGAGUAGUCAAAUUGAAAUUAUUACAUUAAAAAAAUGCUGUGAAUAUACAGAAAAAAUCAAAAAUAUUGAGUUAGCGUUAUCUAAACUUGCUGAUGUAGUUGUAGAAUAGUAAUAUAUAUUAUUAAUUUUUUAGAAAAUAAUAAAUUGUAAAACUUCAAAGGUAAAGAGUUCAUUCUCCUUUACAAAGAUAAUGUUUAACUACAAGAUAUCAUGGUAAAAAUCCAAGUGAACUUGACCAAAUGAAAUUAAAAACAUUAUUUUUCAAGUCUCCAAAUGUUUAACAAUUGGAUAAACCUCUUAAAACUCAAGGAUCUUAAAUUACUAGUUUAUCUCAAUAGAUAUUAGAAACAUAAUAGAAACCAAAAAUAAAAAAAUGA